UUUUGGAUAUUACACAACAAAGUCGCGCAUAUUUUACCAUAAAAAUAGUAGUUAUAUUUCCAAUUUAUUCGCAUCAAAUAAAUCUCAAUUUCAUUAUGCCACAAGAAAUGCGUCAAAAUGGUCAGACAAGGAGCAGACAUUCGAACCCCUACAACCCUCAUCGAAGUGCAUUACAAAUGUGUGGGCAACAAGUGGAACCAACUGUGCCGAAGCAGAACCAACGAUUGUCACUGCAGUUGCCACAAUUUCUGAAAGAAUUGAGGAUACUGCAGGUCCAGGUUGCACAUCAACAAUCGCAAAUGACGGGUGCCAAAAGUGACGAGAAACCCCCGCAGAAACAAGCGAAAUGUGAUAAGAAAAAACCUCUGGCAGUUCGAAAAACCAUUCAUAUUGCUGCGACAAAUCCACAAGUGGUCGCUUCACCGCUGGGUGAUCGCUAUUGGCUCAAAAUUUCACAGUCAGAGUUAAUAGCAAACUUAAGACGUUAUAUUAUCGCACCGAAUCUUUUGCCCAUCUAUGGCUACCCAUUUGACAGCACAAUCUACAACGGUAAAGUUGUAAUUUAUAAGAAGUUAGCACCCCCGUUCUAUACAAAAAGUACCAGCAAGCCAAAUGCGCCCAACAACGAUGACAACGUGAACCCGACUGACUUGGACCGACAACAUAUGCCGAAUAACGAUGAAGACCUUAAGCAAUGCGUACGUUGUGAACGCCCUUUCCGUGUGACAAGCUCUGGCGACUAUUUAACGCGAGAGAGAUGUACCUUCCAUAAAGGAAAACUGCGGAGAGUGUAUACUCAAAACAAGAAAUACAACUUACAAUACACAUGUUGUGGCGCCUCCAGAGAAUCAAUGGGCUGCGCGUCCAAUCCGGUGCACGUAUGGACCGGUGUUGUGUCCGGCCUUAAUGGACCAUAUAGCGGUUUUGUGCACACACGCCAGAUUACCGACGAUCCCAAGGUGUACGCGUUGGACUGUGAAAUGUUUCAUACAGCACGUGGACUGGCUUUGACCAAGGUUACUGUGAUCGGCUUCGAUGGGCAAUUAGUUUAUCAGAAUUUUGUGCGUCCCACGUCAAACGUGGUCGAUCACAAUAGGCGUUUCUCAGGUGUUACUGACAGAGAUGUAUCCAAAUCAAACAAAACAGUUAAAACGAUCGGUGAGGUGCAGCUUGACUUGCUUCAACUAAUCGACGCCAACUCAAUACUUAUAGGUCACGGUCUCGAGAACGAUUUGAGGGUCCUUCAAAUUGUACACAAGACAGUUGUCGACACUUCUAUCGUUUUUCCUCAUUCCAACGGGUUUCCUUAUCGACACUCACUAAAGUAUUUGGUGAAAAAAUACUUAAAACGUAACAUUCAAUUAGAAGGCAAGAGUCACGAUACUUUAGAGGAUACACUGGCAUGUUGGGAGCUGAUGCUCUGGAAGGUGGCUACCGACAAACAGGAGCGCUAACAAGUGGAUCUCGAUUUUAAUGGCUAGGAGUACACUAUGUCUACGUUGGGUGCUACCUUGUAGUAACGCUGUGGUAGCGUGGCUCUUCCAAACGAAGUAUGUUCUGCGUUGAAUUUCUCAUCGCACUGAGAGCAUGUCAUGCUUCAUUAUUCGGCGCUGCUGCGUCAUAUCUCUCCGCAUUCCAAAGGUGUCUUACCACGGAGUUUUGCCUUUCGUCUUCCUUCAAAUCACUCCACUGCAGUUCAAAAACUUUCGUCUGCUAUUUGCAUUCAGUUAGGAUCGUUUUACAAUAUUUGGCCUUACUCGAGGGAAACGUUUGUAUGUGCGAGUGAAUGAGAGAGAUAUUAAUGUGUAAUCAUAUAGGUUCCUUAUCAGUUGUGU